AUGUCAGAUCAACACCAUAGAGACUACUAUUCAAGCCAUGGACAGCAGGGUUAUUUCUCGCAGAACACGCAGCAGCCAUGCCGACGAAGCCAAAGAAACCAGACCCAAGAGAAUCAGGGCGUUCACACUUCUCAUCACGACACAAGUGAGCAUUCGGAGUAUGACUCUGAGAAUGACCGCAGAAGCCUUCAAGAUUCGAUGACAAAAGGGUUCUCUGAAACAAACACCCACAUCGACUUGGCUCUGAAGCACGCCACAAGCGAGAUCAUCUCUACACUCAAGAAGGAGAUUCUCUCAGAAUCUAGCACCAGCCACGGCAGUUCAUCUGUGAGCAAAACAUCGUCAUAUUUGUCCGGAAUGCUUCCUUUUGGCGGAUCACAGGUCUCUGAUCACUCUAAGAGGUCAAGUGAUCACUCCUCGACUUCGAGCGCGCAAGGAAAGUGGCUUGACGAAAAGAGAAAAAUGGAGAAAAGUCAACAAGAGCUGCUUCGAAAGGUCCAAAGUGCGGAGAAGACUAUUUCCUCGCUGAAGGCCACGAAUCGAGAGGUUCAAGCAGCAUUGGACCACGCAAACAAGUUAACCAAAUAUGACUCAACAAAUGCAACCGAAAAAAUCCAGAACCUGGAGCAAAUGGUCCGCGAAGCAGGUGAAGCAAACGCAAAGCUCAAGGAGAUUAUCUUGAGCAAAGCGACCGAGUACGGCCAGACGAUCCACGCCGGGACUAUCAUCGGAAAAUACACUGAGCUACGAGAACAAAUCCAGCUCAUCGUUUCCAGAUACUUCGAUCUCGAUGAUGAGUGGCAGCCAAAAGGGUUUGCAACAAACGACUCUCCGAAACUUCAGCAAGAGUUUUACAGCUUGUAUGCAAAUGGCUAUACAGAUGAUCAAAUGGGCAAGAGAGCUCGCUCGUAUAUUUUCAACUUCAUCUUGGAGCAGAUAUUGAAUAAACGCUGUUUCGGAUUUGAGAAUGAUCAUGAUAUGAACUUUGAGACGACUUUGGGUCAGCUUGAGACAGUGUUGUUUGAGAACCUGAACGCCAAUCAUACUGACGAAAUCGUCGAGUGGAGAAGACAUACGGUAAAAUGUGCUUCUCUUCUAUUGUCAGACAGCAUCAAUGCAACAAAACUCGGGAAGCAACUGUAUGAACUGCUCAGUCCUUUUCAUAAAUUCAGAUACGAUCGCGAUACUCCUAGAGACCAAAAGUUGUAUCCAGAACUGCUGGUAAAGCUGUGCGAGGAUGCACUCAAGUUUGCAUUGAUGGUUCGAGGCACCAAGAGCAUUUAUGUGUUUCGCACCCCGGACAUUGGAGCUUUUCCAGACUUGAAUGAAGUAGCAAUCCAAGACCAAGAAGUUAUGAACAGAGGAGGAGACAAGCGCAUCUCCCUCGUUCUCUCUCCAGCACUGAUAAACUUCCCAGAGGAAAAUCGCAAGAGAGGAGUAGUUCUUGAGAAGGCUCAUGUCGUUGUCCGCAUUGAAUAA